GCACAACGAUAACAAGACAUUCCUGGUGUGGGUGAACGAGGAGGACCACCUGCGCGUCAUCUCCAUGCAGAAAGGUGGCAACAUGAAGGAAGUGUUCAACCGCUUCUGUACCGGACUCACCAAGAUCGAGAGCCUGUUCAAGGAGAGAAACCAUUCAUUCAUGUGGAACGAGCACCUGGGCUACGUCCUCACCUGCCCAUCUAACCUGGGCACCGGCCUGCGUGCAGGUGUGCACGUCAAGCUGCCCAACAUAAGCAAACAUGCCAAGUUUGAGGAGGUUCUCAAGAGGCUGAGGCUCCAGAAACGUGGAACUGGUGGCGUGGACACUGCUGCUGUGGGCGGAGUGUUUGACAUCUCAAACGCCGACAGACUCGGCUUCUCUGAGGUGGAGCUGGUGCAGAUGGUGGUGGAUGGAGUCAAGCUGCUGGUGGAGAUGGAGAAGAGGCUGGAGAAGGGCCAGUCCAUCGACGACAUUAUGCCCGCCCAGAAGUAAAACCAUCCCGACAUCUCCCCUCCUCCUCUCCCUGUACCUUCCCCACCCCCUCUCCCCCCUCCAGUCUGAAUGAAUGUUUGACUCUGUCCAGGAAUGCACUCUGUAUUACGGUUUGGAUUUGUUAAUGUAUUUAAGACAAAACUGUUCCCGUUCGGUGAGGAUGGAUCUGAAAUAAAAAAUGUUCUCGUUAA